AUGAUUCGUUUAUCUACGGCAGUUGGCGCCCUCAGCCUAAUUGUCGCUUUCUCCAUCGACCAUGCCCUCGCACAAGAGAAUGACCUUGGAAGUGUUCUUCAGUCCCAAAACAACCUCUCAAUAUACUACAACUUGGUCAAGCAAUACCCUGAGGUGUUGCUCAGGCUUCCUAGCUAUGAAGGCGUCACGAUUGUUGCGCCCUCUGACGCAGCCUUUGAAAACAUCCCUGGCACGCAGCUCAACGGCAAAUGGAACGAAUCAGACGCCUCCAUUGCUGUGCCUAUUCUGGAGUAUCACAUUCUCCAAGGCACUGUUUCCACGGGAUCUCUUGAAGUCGGACCGUCUGUUCUGCGCUCCUCGCUGCUCCAGAACUCAGCUUGGACCAACGUUACUGGCGGCCAAAACGUUCUUGUCAACAAGCAACCUGGUAAUGUUACUGUCUUCACUUCUGCUGAAGGCAUUCGUACCACACAGGUUAAAGGCGAUAUCAAAUUCGCCGGGGGUCUCCUUCACAUUGUGGACAACCUGAUGAUACCUCCUUCGAGGCUGGAAAACACAACCGAAGCAUUCAAGUUGUCCGCCUUCCUCGGGGCUCUUUACGCCUCAAAGCUUCUGCCAUCACUUUCUUCCACGAAGAACAUUACCAUCUUCGCUCCGCGGAACGACGCAUUCCAGAGAGUUGCUGGUUCGCUUAAGGAUUUGGAUGAAGCCGCCGUCAAAAAGUUUCUCAACUAUCACAUCCUCCCGGGCAAAGUCCUUGCCUCGUCGGACUUGAGGAAUGGUACAAACCUGACGACUUUAGCCUCACAGAAUCUGCAAGCCAUUCGCUCUGGUAACAAUCUCUUCAUCAACUCGGCCCAGAUUGUUCAACCCGACAUCCUUCUUGCCAACGGUAUCAUGCACAUCAUUGACAACGUCCUAAACCCAGAUGUUCCAUCGAACCCCAACCCCGAAUUUAUCAGCCAACCUCCUGUCUUCCCCGAGAGCCCGGCUUCUGGACUGCCUUUCACAAGUGCGAUUCCAUGUACCAUCAGCUGCCCAGUUACCACUACUGCAAGUGCCACGGCCACUGGGGCUGCCACAAGAUCGGCGUCAACCACAAUCAGAACCACCACCAGCCCUGGUCUUGCUGCACCUCGCUGCACUGGCGUCACUGCUGGUGUCGCUAUGGGUGUUUUCGCAGGUAUUGCUGCAUUGGUUUGA